AUGCGCAGUGAGUUAAUUUUACGGUGCAAAAGACAUGCUCGACGUAAAAACUACAACAUGGACGGCGGAGGCAGCCAUCAUCACGCAAAACCAGUAGAAGACGAGGGCGGUCGGCGACAGCCGAUCGGAUUCGAUCCGUCUGAUCGAUCAAUAAGAUCGAGGAAUUCCGGUGUCGAACGCGACGCGUGCGGUGACCAACCGCAUGAGAAUCAAGUUCAUAAUUUAUGCAUGUGCAACGGAGCGCCGAAUCGACGCCUAAAAACCACAAAGCCACGUGCGAAAAAAAACUACAACGACGGCGGCGGCAAAUUCAUUAUGAGCUAG